GCACAAAAACCCAACGAGUAGGCUCUCUAUUUCCAUAUAUAUUAUAAUUCUCUUUGGUGUUGGAACUUGGAAAGUUUGAUGUAAAUUCUGAAUUGAUUGGAGUAUUUACUUAUUACUACUACAACUUAUUAUAACUUGAUAUGACAACUUUAAGAUUUCUAAAUAAUUCUACAAAACAUGGCUGCUCAUGUGAUAAAUGCUGUGCGAAGUUUUCUAGCGUCCAAUCAUAUGUUCGUAGAAGAUGAAUGGUUAACAGGGUGUGUAGACUAUCUAACGGAGAAUAGUGGCGGAAAUUUGAGUUUGACCGAAGUGCAAAAUUUGGCUAAGGAACAAUGGUUGUUGAAUGAUUUAAAUGACAUCUGUCCAGGAUGUUUGCCGCCGAAUCUCGCCUCACAGACGAAAACAGUCUUAAAUGGACGAUACAUGCUGCAAAUAAAUGCAACCAUCGAUAUUGGAACAUCGGCAUACCAGCAAUAUUUGAAAUUGCAGAAAGUAAACAUGGACAAUGUGGAGACCACCACCAGAAAAGCCAAAGAAAAUACUAUUGAUGUUCACAGGAUGAUUAAAUUAUACCUAACAGAUGGCGAACAAGAAUUAACAGCUAUUGAAUAUAAGCCAAUGAGGAAUUCGAGCUGUGACAUUUCACCGGGUGCUAAAAUUCUUAUUAAAGGUCCUGUAAAUUGUCGACGUGGAAUUAUACUGCUAACAGAGAGCUCUAUCGAACUCAUGGGUGGUGAUGUUGCGGAUAUCGCCAUUUCCAACUCGCUUCCAGCAUUAUUAGCUACUAAAUUGGGCUUACCAAUGCCUCAAGAAGCAGAUGCAAACACAACGAUAAGUCACGCAAGAAACACAGAUAUACCAGCACCACACACAGAUGUACCCACAUGGUCAUCCAAUCAAAUGUCGGAAACAAACAUGAUACAAACAACAGCAGUUCCAAACAUCACAGACAUUGAUGAUGAUAUUGAUAUAGACCAAAUAAAUGCUUUGGAAGCUUUAUUGAACCCUUCAAAUAGUGUACCAUCAAGCUCCAAUGAAAGGCCAAAGUCAAACAACCCAGAUACAGGAGUAUAUAUAGAAUUAGACCCAGUGAAACGCCCAUCGCCAAGUGAUUAUAAUAUACCAGAAAAGAAAUUUAAGGAGGAUACUGUUAAUAAAGAUGAUUAUCCAGAUGACAUGGAUCUGAUAAUUGAAGAAGAUGAGGAUUUAUUAAGAGAGAUUGAUGCUAAAAUAGAUGUUAUUGAAAACCACGAACCAAUGUAUACAGGUCCUAAAGUAGUAUCAUCAGAACCCUUUGUGUAUAUUAAGCACAUUAAUGAAUUAUCUGAAUCAAAAAGACAUGGAGUUUUUAAAGUUAAGGCUCAAAUAAUGAAAUUGCUGUCGAAACUGACUGUUGGUAAAGAUGCUUGGUGUUUGAAAUGCACGAUUGUUGACGGCACGGGAAGCUUAGACGUGGAGUUUACCAGUGCAGUGCUCUCUAAAUUAGUAGGUUAUACUCCACAGGAGAUGACCCAGCUGAAAAACAUGGCAAAAGACCCACAGUUGAAAGAGACAGUAAUAUUGGCAUUGAAAAACGCAAAGGAAGCUCUGCAAGUGUUAUAUUGCAUUAUAGAAAUAACUAUACAGGAUGUUCCCAGAAUAACAAACUUAAUACCAUUUGCAGACGUCCACGUCGAUUUACUGUCAAAGUUUGUUCCACAAUAA